AUGUUGUUUGAAUUUAAGCUUAAGAAAAAGGGUCUCGAUGAAUUGAGACCCAUCAAUAAUGAGAUUGAAUCUACUGAAGAUGCCGAUAGUACUACAGAUGAAAGUUCCAUUUUUGACUCAAUUGCUACAAAUAACUCUAUAAGCGUCAUAAGUGAAGACAAUGAAGAGAAGAAGACAUCCUUCAGACCUAUUAGCUGCUAUAAUACUCCUCCUUUAUCGAAUGAAAGCUUAAUUUACCAAGUCUUUGAGAAGCAACCAAAUCGAGACUUAGUAAAGAAGAACUCUUGGGUAGGAAGAUCAGUUUCCGCUUCAUUGAAGAAAAAAGAAGUUGUUUAUCAAAACAAUAAAUCCCAGAACUAUCCUAAGGAUUAUGAAUAUAGUUCAAUUAAUAAUGAAACUAGAAGGAAUGAGUUUUGUCAAAGCGUAGAAAAUAGCUAUGGAGAUGAUACGGAAAAUUCUAUAAUAGGUGGAAACAAGGAGCUUGAUACUUCAGAUUCAGAUAAUCUAGAAGAUAGUUCGUUUUCAUCAACUUCAACCAAUUUUCAUUCGCAGGAGGCACAAAAUAUUUCUUGCUCAACAAUAGACUCCAAUAACAGAAAACCCAGAAUUUCCAGACAGAGACAAAGGUUUGAUCAAAAUACUUUGAAAAACAGAUUUUCAUUCUUGCAACCCAUAAGUUCAAGUAUGAAGAUAAAAAUCUACAUUAGUGAAAAGGACGAAUUUGAAGAAGUAGUUGUAGCUUUGAAAGUUCAAAAAGAACAUCUACAAGAUAUAAAUGAGUUGAUUGACGUUAUAAUACAAAAACUAGCUAGUCAGCGCUCGGCUAUAAAGAGGGAUAAUGUCAAAUUGUACCUUCUUUUUAAAAAAGAAAGUAUCAGACCUAUUCCGCUUCCAAUGACGCCUAGUGAGACCCUCAAUGGUUCUACCCUAAACUCAUUUGACAAGACUAGUCUAAUAAUGGAUUAUUUAUCGGGAAGAGAUAAGCUCUACAUUAGAGCAGUAGUUUGA